AUGCAACAUCCAAUCAACAUUGAGUAUGAAUUUUUCCCGAUCGUUGAUAAUCAAGGAAAAAUUAAUUACUGGAUAAAUGAUUUUCCCGUGUCAACAACGACGGUGGAGGCUGUGCUCGGUCGCACGGCAACCCUUCCGUGUGACAUCACGCCAGACGAGGUGAACGAUCGUGUCUAUAUGGUGCUGUGGUUUCGCGAGAGUGCCGGAAAGCCGCUGUACAGCUACGACGUCCGAGGGAGACAAUACUCGAAAGCGCUCUAUUGGUCGGAGACCGCUGCGUUCGGACCACGGGCAUAUUUUGUUACGGUGUCGAAACCAGCGGCACUAACCGUGGAUAACAUCCAGCUGGACGACGAAGGGGUCUACCGAUGUCGGGUGGAUUUCCAGAAUUCGCCUACGCGGAACCACCGGAUAAAUUUGACGGUAACAGUUCCACCGCAUCAGAUUCUAGUCUACGAUGCCUCCGGUCGAGACGUUGCCGGUGCCAUAGGACCUCUGCAGGAAGAUGAUAAUCUAGUUCUCACAUGUGAAGUCAGGGGAGGCCGUCCGGAACCAACCGUAACAUGGAUGAAUGGCGAAGAGGUGAUGCAAGCAGGUGGCGGCGUUUCGAUGGGUCGGCAUGUAACCGUGAACCGGCUGGAGAUCCACAAAAUAACGCGUGCAGCACUGAACAACACGUAUAAGUGUCAGGCGUCCAACACGAUCUUGGUGCCACCAGCGGAACGGAGCGUCCGAGUGGAGAUGCUACUGAAACCAGUAUCAACGUCCCUGUCGGCAAAACCUAAACAAUUAAUAUCGGACCAGGAGUACAGCUUAUCCUGUGAUGUGGAAGGAUCAGUACCGGACACCGAGAUUAGAUGGAUGCAAAACAACCGUCCUUUUGCCAAAGGAAAAAUACGAACGGUAACUAACAGCUCAACAUCGACGUCGGUGCUGUCCUUUCGGCCCCAACCGGAGGAUGACGGAACUAUCCUUAAGUGCGAGGGUUCCAACCCGAGGCUGCAAAACUCCGUCUUGGAGGAUUCCAUCAUCAUGAACGUAAUGUAUCCGCCGCAAGUGACGCUGUCCCUUGGAUCAACGCUUAAUCCGGACGACAUUAAGGAGGGCGAUGACGUCUACUUUGAAUGUCACAUUAAGGCAAAUCCCAGGGAGCAUCGUAUUACAUGGUCACAUGAUGGUUUACCAGUGACACAGAAUGUGACAUCGGGGGUGAUUAUUUCGACGCGCUCGUUGGUGCUGCAACGGGUGGGUCGAUACCAUUCCGGAAUGUACGCCUGCUCCGCCGCCAACGACCGGGGUGAGACACAAAGCGAGCCGGUAUCGCUUAGGAUUCACUUUGCGCCGGUCUGCGCCUCCAGCAGUAUCAUGAUUGUCGGAGCAUCGCUGGAUGAAACAGUCCCAGUUCCGUGUCAUGUAGUGGCCGAUCCGCUGGACGUUUCGUUCGACUGGAACUUUUCCAACAGCGGCGAACGCUUCGAGGUGACCAGUGGUCAGUUCAAUCUGCUGCAGGACUUCCAUUCGUCGGACGGAGGCCCGGCUAGUAUAUCACAGCUGUACGACGGACUGGAAGAAAGCUCAGAAACCAUCUACGAGCUGCCGUACACACCAAAAAGUGAGAGAGACUAUGGAACGCUAGCUUGUUGGGGAAAAAACUCGAUCGGAAAGCAGCUUGAACCGUGUCUGUUCCAAGUUGUCCCUGCAGCCAAACCAGCGCCUCUGCGUAAUUGCACCCUACGCCCUUAUUCCACUUUGCUGGCAAGUCACAGCACUACAUUCAAUUCAUCUGCAGCGUCAGCAUCUUCAUCUUCGUCCUCGUCGUCCUACUAUGGUGUGCCGGCACUAGGCGAAGUAGACACGGCCGCAGCCUCGGGGUUUUCGUCUUCAUCGUCAGCGUCGUCGUCACUGGCGGCAUCUAAUGGUGCCACCAUAGGUCAGCAUUAUCGGGAAUCUAAUUAUUUCAGCACACAAUUCGUUAAAGAUCGGAACGUGUCAAACGAGCGAACGAAUAUUACAAAAUUUAAUCAGAAAAGUACGUCUCAUGCCGGCACCAACGAUGCGCUAUCGAGAAGGCGAGAGCAGAUCAAACAGAAAAAUACUACUCAAAAUGCCAGUGGUAGAAGCGCAGGACUCGGAAUGGGUGUUAGCCACGGAAGAAUUAGUGCAGCUAGUCAUAACGUGGGAUUAACCUCGGACGAAGCAAUAGCAGAUACAGAUGAGGGCGAAGAGAGAGGGGAGCCACGACUGGCCGCCCAAAUAUCAACAUCGUUCGCAACAUCCGCUUCGCAAACGGCUGCCUCGUCAUCGGGGCGGCCGUCUUCCUUGGAAGCGAUGGCUCAGAAUGAGGCCAGUAUAGGAAGCAAGAGAAAAACCAUUUCAAAUAUCGAAAGAAAUAGUGGCACGAAUUUGCUUAACACCAUAACACUAGUAGGUGAGAGCUUCUAUCCUGCCAGCGGCGGUGAAACGGAGCAAUCAGACAGUGUGCCGAUCGAUGCUAAUCACAGACUGAUGAAAAGAGAGAAACGUUCUAAUGAAAAUUUGGGAAAUGAAAUAAAUAAAACACAUUUCGAUGAUGGCGAUGAUGAUGAAAUUUUCAAUAGCACUAGCUCGAGCAGUAUGGACGAGAAUGACGUUAGAACUAUCGGUUCUGGAGGCAGUAGCAGCAGCAGCAGCAGCAGUAGUUCUAGUAGUAGCCUUGCUGCUGGCUUCAACCGUCGAAACGAUAAUUAUCAUAGCACGAAAUGGGAUGUACCAACUGCAGCGAAAUUGAGAUCGAACAAUAUUCGCCUGAACCGGUACCACUCGAUUGACAGCCCUGCAGUGGGGGAGGAAACGAGGAACGCUGAUGCAGGUGCUUCCAAGCACAGCCCCGGUACCAGUAUACACUCGUUUAGUCAUUAUAUGGAGAGCGUUGAGGUGCCAACGACGAUGGAGCUCGAGUGUGUGGCAGGAUAUGACGGUGGUUUGCCGCAGCAUUUUUUUCUCGAAGCCUACGACUCGAGAACUCGAAAGCUUCGGCUGAACAUCACAAGUGCACUUAACGAUGUUCCUUUGUUUCGCAUUGAUUUGUCAGAGCUAAUCCCGAGCGAUUCGUUCGCGCCAACCCUUCACCUGAUCGCUUACAGUGUAAAUCAGAAAGGACGCUCGGAACCGACGAUUCUCGAGGACAUAGCGAUUAAUGAAGCAGAAAAGAGGACAGACGGCAGCGAUGGAUUUUCAAUUCUACCGCUUGCGGCAUUACUAACCGGUGCACUGUUCACUAUCGGGAUUGCUGUCCUGUUGGUAGUGGUUCUGGCCAUACGAAGGAAACGCGACGGCCACGGUACUGGACUGUGCGACGGCAAGGAGAAGCAUAUGGGCAUGGAUAUCACAGUGACCACACCACUCGAGAUGGGCAUGGGCCAGCAGAAGUACGUGGUCGCCUACACGCUCAAACAGGGCGUCGAAAAGCAGCCAGACAUACUGAGCGCACAGAAAACGCAAGGCUCUGCUAGCAUGCAAUCGAUAAAGGAUAUCCAGAAGAUGGGCUCCCCGGUGGGAAUAAGACCGGAUGCACUGUGCAGUGGAGGUGGUACAAGCAUGGGAGCAAAACAAAGCACAAUUUAUGCCACACAAAGCUACGACCAAAAAUCGACACCUUCCAGCCGACAGAGCACAUUAAAACGGAACGAUACUUCCAACACGUACAGUUUGUUACAACAGCAGCAACAACCACAUCAUCUCCAGAGUAAACCUCCGCCUUCGGCCACGGUUGGUCUACCACAGUAUUCCACUGGCUAUGCCUCAGGUGGCAGUGAUCUGCUGGAUUACGAGAAACCGUACAGCUAUUCCACCCUUCAGUACAAUCAUAGUUCACCCCCUCUGGUGGAUCCUUACAGCUACAAAAGCUCCCCUACAGAACCAACCGAUCGGUUGGACUACGACAAAAACCUUGAUUAUAGACUGCUUAACAUAUCGAACGAAAUUAAAAAUAACUCUGCCACCAAUCAUAUCGAAUAUAGAAACAAUAGCAACCACAUUAGUAAUAAUCAUAAUCAACAUUCCGCUAUUGGUGGUAGCGCCGACAACAGACCACAGGCAGUGAAUGCUUCCGGAAGUGGCGGCGGCAAUCCGGAGUACCGAUAUUCCGGCUCCGAGUUCGCAACGGAUCUGAUGGACUUCAGCAACGUCCCGUCGCCGUCAUCGUCCUCCACCGUGGGUGCAACUCUCUCCAAAGCCCGAAAUCGGCAGCACAUAAUUACCGAUACACUGCCGGGACCGGAAAGCUGCGUGUAG